CCACUUCUGCUGCGCGCUCCCGGGCGCAAGUUAAACGCAGCUCCUCUUACCAAAACCAGACAUACACAAACACACACACAAGGCACCAGGGAAGCAUUGCUGCCGGGACGGGACGCGACUGAUCCUGAGCAAAAAGCUGCCGCUGUAUAUUCCGAGGAAUGGGGCGACGCUGUUCGUGUCCACUGACGUUAACAAGCCCAGUUCAAAGCAAACGCUGCAACGUCGUACCGUCUGCCGGUGAGGUCACUGUGGCACAAAGCAAAGCGACCUGCGCGGACACGCAGCGGAGAUUCCGUCACAUCACAGCGGCUUUGUUCGCGCGCUGAUUGACUGCUCGGCUCCAGAUGGUAUUUUCCCCGUAGAACCUUAUCGAUUAUUGCAAGUCAGAAGGGAUCGCGCUGAUGGAUCGUGGAUAAGUAGUUAUUGAUGAACCCAGCGGGACUACAGCAGCGGAACCGAGAGGAGAAAACGAGAGCGCGUCCAUAACGACACAUCUGAUUAAAUAAAACAACACCUCUUUGACUCAGUCAUCAUUAUACUUAAAGGACUGAGGAGGAACUAUGGCUUUGGUCCUAUCAAUGAACCCCUUUUGUGAGCCUGAGGCUGAAGCCCCGCCAUCAAUCUACCAACCGAUCUGGGAAUCUGAGCAUUGCAGUAAAAGCUGUAUCUCCACCCCCUCACCACCAGGGGGUGACACCCAAGGGCUCAUAGAAGAGCCCCAUUACAGAAGAGCUCCUGAUCAUGUGAUGGACCGUGUGGCCGUGUCACGGAUCUCUUAUUUCAAGAGGAAGUUUGUGGAGGAUGAAGAACCUGUACUGAGCUUCAGGAGUUACUGUCACACUCAGGUGUCACCAGUCCUGGAGGAGCGCGCUCACAUUCUCCGUCUCUCUCUCGAGAAGCUGCGUUUUAUGGAUGACCCCGAGUCUUUCUUACGGCGCUCCGUGCUUAUCAACAACCUUCUCCGUCGUCUCAGAAACGAAAUCCUCCUCCAGAGCGACUGGUGCUUCCCAUCGGGUCCCACAGCCACACCAUGUCCCCUUCAAACCCCAGCCACAAAUACACCUCUUCCCCCUCCUGCCCUGCAGCCGUGCAUUACACCACCCGGGCCGUAUCGCAAACGCCUGCGUCUGCUGAGGAGGGAAGGGCCAGAGUGCAUCCCAGCCUGCUGCUGUUUAUACGCAGCCGGCCGUUACCUCCAGCUUCCACUGUCUGUGUACGAACGGGAUGUAUACUCCAACUCUCACCCAUCUUCAUCAUCAUCGUCGUCGUCGUCGUCUUCAGUUAGAUUUCCACAGCUGGUGGAGGAGGAGGAUGAGGAGGAGGAGGACAGUGACGAAGAAGAGGACUCUGUGUGUCCUAUGUUGGCUCUAUGUCAAGCUGAAUCCAGAGAGCAGAACAGGACGUGGGAUGGACUACGGCCGCAGAGCCACAGGGAAGACAAAACCCUGGAGAAAGAGAGAGAAAAAGGGAAGGAGAGGGUUAGAGGAGGGGAAGUUUCACAGCGAUGGCUUUCAGACGCUAUAGGCACUGGACACCAUGGGGCUCUUGGCAGAGCUCACGUGAGGGGAAAAUAACAACCGAACACUUGCUGUGGAAACAAAGAAACUGGUUUCCAGCAGCCUUAUAGAUCAGUUAUACAAACCAGAAUAUCAACGGUCAAUGUUUUUGAAUUUAUAGGUACUUUUUGUACUUCUGGAUUACGCAAAACUAUCAAAAUGGACUGCGAAUUCACAUAUUGCGCGUCUCUUGCGAAAACUACCAUACUGUGCCUUAAAUGUUCUUGUUUAAUCUGUUUGAUGUGUUUGUGGAUAUUUGUGACUGAACCAGUUUAAUCCACAAAGUAUGGAAGCUUGUUUCCACAAACUCACAAUUCUGAAUUGCAAGAUAUAAACUCACAAUUGUGAGAAUAAUAAUAAUAAUUAAAAAAAAAAAAACAGAAUUAAAUUAAAAAUAGACAAUUUUUUUACUUCAUGGCAGAAAAAAUAGAUUUGUGAUAUAAACUCUGGAUUCUAAGAAAAAAAUCUGAAUUCUGAGAUUAUAUCUUCCAACUUUUUUUUCGAAGAAUUACAAUUUUAUAUAUCACAAAUUCUGAGUUUACAUCUUGCAAUAUUGCAGUUUUAUUUAUUCCAUGGCAGAAAUGGACUUCCAUAGUGAUGGGCACCAUGGGAAGUAAAAAAAGAUUUACACUCAUUCUGAAUUUGUAAAGAAAAAAAUGAUAAUGAUAAUAAAAUGUUGGAAAUUUUAUUUUGUUAAAAUCAUAGGCGCUUGAGAAAUGCAUGACAUGGGUUGCUGUCUAUGACGAUCAUCACGUUUACAUGCAGUGGAUUUUAGCCAGAAUGCAUGAGGCCCUAUAGGUGGCCAUGAUGUUUAAUACAAUUCUAUUCCUUUUAGCACCCUUAAUAUUUCAUACAUUUACAUAUUCAGGAGACAAAACAUCCUCAUUGAUGCCAGACGACAGAGAUACAGACGACGUAGAUACAGUUACCUCACUAUCCUAUUGUUUUGAGGUCCGCUGUUUUAUUUGUUACGAAUGAGAGAAUCUUCAUUCACUAUGAAAGCUUUUAUUUUCAUGCACUUUUUAUAUUGCUUAUGUGUUUUCUCUACAUGUAUUUUUGUAUUUCUAAAAACACAUAAUGGGAGACCCUCAGACAUGAGCACAACUUAUACAGGCAACAAUGCUGGUAGGAAAUGAAAUCAAAUCGUAAACAUUGUUCGGGUUUGAAUGUGUGUGUGUUUUUGUGAAAUGUGUUAAGAAUAAAGGAAUGAUCCCAA